CGACAACCGACCUCGUUAGAGCGUCGCGACGUCUUCGCGGGCUGUUGAUACGUCAAGAGAAUUUUAAAUGAACCAGCCAGCGAACGGUGUGAUGUGAAAGAAACGUAGCAAGUCCAUUUGAAAAUAAUAAUAAAGUUGAAUAUAAAACCGAGCGAGUAUUUAUCAAAGGAGAAUAAUAAUGAUGAGAAAGCAGCUGUACUCCCAGAGCAGCGGAGCUGAGCCGCAAAUAAUAGUUGAAGAGAGCACUCUAGGUGAAGAAGAAGCCGAGCGACGUAGAAAUGAAUCUCCUCCACGUUGCUUAGACCCAGACUCACCUUCACUCAACCCAUAUUUACUUUCUCCAUGGCGAGAAACCCGCAAGCACUCUCUCCCCACCCCCCAAUGCACUACAGGGAUCACUGCUUCUCAGGUAAGACGUCUGAGUGAACGAGGAGGUGAAGGCAGCGGUCCAUCACCAAGAGAAGCUGCUUUUCUGGCGACGUUGUCACAAGCCCCAGCACCGCAACCUGGUGGACGGAGACACUCCGUCGUCACUAUCUCUAAAGUACCUCCCACACUGUUUGGUCGCAAUCGUCGUGAGUCCAUCGCAGCACUUCCUGGAGCAGCACGGAUACUACCGAUCAGACGCGACUCGACUUCCUCUGGAAUCACCGGACCGCCGAGCAAUUCUGGAAGUACUCAUAAUCUACAGUUGGAUAUUAUGGACGACAUCGCGGAGAUCAAGGCGCGAAAGGUACGCUUGAAGAUGUGGAAAACUUCAUCAAGAGAACGAGUGUGUGAAGUCCAGCCCCUUGAAGGUAAUUCCUCAUCACAGAGAUACACUCAGCAACAGCAAAGACGUUACUCAGAUUUCGCCGCCAUUCCCUCAUCGUCGUCAUCAUGUUCAUUGUCGGGUACGAAUCAGGCCUCGACGUCUCGCAGACGCGCUUCUGAAUUUCCUCGGACACUUAUGAAUGCAUCCUCACCGGGUAUUGUUUGUUCCAAUACUGACUUGAUAUCUAUUCUCAGCUCAUUGACUUCCUCGGCAACGGAAAUAAACCGCUGCGGCGAAGAGCCCUCGCGCGAUGAAAAAGCUACGAAAAAUCUCGAGCAAAAGAGGCGUCGGUUGAAGGACCACCGGUCAAACAGUUUCGACGUAUCGAUACUUCAUGGCACGGGAAAUAGACGAACCAGCAUUGAAAAGAACUCGGCAGACAGCCCGGCGCCUUCGAGCUGGUUCGCGAACCGGCACCAGCCCAUGUGGAAGAAACAGAAAAGCACAGAUCUUCCUUCGUCCUCGAUAAAACUUGAAAAAUUUAAAGUUAUGAAAGCCGUAAAAGAAUCACUCGCCAAGUCCUCUUCGCCGCCAAAAGAGUCCAGGCACAAGGUAGUUUGGGAUGACGACAGCGGCACCAGCGUUGACGCCCAAGUCCUCGGGUCCGCCAUCGAAGAAUUUCUGACGUCCCAGCGCACCUCCGAGCCCGACUCUCCGUUGACCUCUUCAGCAAAACCCUUAGUUUCCCCGGGAAAACUGAAAACUGGUAAAGUUACCAGUUGGUUCGCCGGUAGCAAGGAACCGGAAACAGAAGCCUGCGACUCGUCUCUAUGUUCAUCCUUAAAAGAUCUCUUUGUCAAAUAAAUCCGUGGAGUAUUUUUUUAAAAUUAAUUUUAUUAUAAUGAUAUUUUACGUCUUUGCUGGUCAAAGGCCUGGAGAAUUUUAAAUAUUCAUACGUGUAUUUAUUAAAUUCAUUUAAAGUCUAUUGAAACCAUUGAAAUAAAAUUAGUAACCAUCAACACACACAUACACAAAUGAAUCUAUACAUUAAAGUGCUUUGUCUCAAACUUACGUUUAUUUUUUUUCACUAAAAUUUCAAAAAAAUUUCGGCUUUUAAUUUAAUUCUGAAUAUUCCCAUUGGAAAAUCAAAGUUUUUCCAUUCAAAAAGUACGACUUUUUAUGAAAUUAUUCUUCAAACAAGUAGUAAUUGCGGUAACUCGAACUGCUUAUUUGAGAACCGCGAAAAAUUUUUUUCAAAAUUGAUCUUUUUUUGCUUUUGGAAUGUAAACUACUGAAGAUAUAGUAAAGGUGUUCAAGACAAUUUUGUAAAAAAUUUAAUUCUCUCGAAAAAAAGUCUUUUAAGUCGACGCUAAACUCCAUAGUUUACGAGCGACCGAAAUUCAAAUGAUUGAAAAAAAUAAAUUUAAUUUUUCUCUAAAUUUAAAAAAAACUUCAAUAGAUCAGAAGUACUCGAAACUAAGCCCAACAUUUGAAAUUUUAGAAUAAUUUUGACAAAAAAUUUAAUUACGUCAGCGAAAAAAAAUGUCCAUCUGAAACCAAGCACCCUAAUGUAUAUUCAUAUAUAUGUACAUACAAUGAAAGUUAAUGACCCGAUUACAUAAUCAGUGGGUAAUUAUAUAAUCAGUAGAGCCAGUGAUAAAUAAAGAUUACGAAAAAUUCAAGGACCAUAUUAUUUAAUUGUAUAGACAAUCGAUAACAAGAUACCGGAUAUCUUAACAAUAAAAUCAUCACACCGUGAUCACUACUGAACCUGUAAACACUCUUAUUGUUUUAAUUUUAUUAUUGCGUUACAUAAUAAUUAUAAGUUAUACAUUAUAACAACAAAAACAAACAAAGUCUUAGUGUCAUGAUUAAUAAUAAAGAUAAAAAAUAAAUGAAAUAAAAAUAAUACUCGUAAUUGUGCAUGACGAACCCCAGCAUUGGUGAUGUAUAUUAAUCUGUCAAUGUUAUUCUUAUGUAAAUAGAUCUGACACUAUGUAACAGUUGAUAAUAUAUGUCCUACAACGUUAAGUUAAGUACGAAUAGUAUAAUAAUAAUAAUGAUAAUAAUUUAAAAAAGGCCAUUACCUAAUAAUAAUAAUAUACCUUUUUAUGUCACGUGCAAUCGCAGUCCGACAAAUAAUGACCUGGAUGCACUGACUUAAUACUUUGAUGGGAUAACGAGUAAUGGAAAUUCAGUGGUUUAAUAAAACCAACUCGACUAAUGACUAUGAUGACAAGACAAAUGAUCAAUUACCAUCAUACCAUCCCAGUCACACCUUGAUCGCUAAUUUAAAUGUCGGAUUUAUUUAAUACUUUUAAAUUGUAUGUAUAAUUAUGAUUAAAUCAAUCUGUAAUUGUUGUACGUUAUGUAAAAUAAAUAUUAAAUGUUACAUUACAUAUUUCUAUUUCAUUUUAUAGUAAUUACUAAUUAGUGACCUCUCUUUACGUGUCAAAAUAUAUCAGGUGAAAUAUUUGUCAUUACCUCAAUGUAAAAAUAUGACGUUUUUGUUCGAGGUAAUUUUUAAGAUAAAAUAUGAGUUUUUAAAAAUGAUAAACUAAAAAAAAAGUUUUGAAAAAAUGCACUUAUAAUUUUUUAAAUUUUCUACAUGUGCAUUUUUUUUUUAAAUUUAAUAGCUGAAAAAUAUAUAAAGAGCCAAUUAAAUUAAUAGGAAUUCAUGAGUGUGAAUGUAGCAGGCAUCAGAAAUUUAAAAUUCACAAUAGAG